UACAAGUUGGCACAUCCCUGCUUUUAGUGCAAUGGUUCUUUCGUGAGGGGUAACAGCGACAUUGCAUCUUAAAUUCCACCUCACCUCACUCUAUUUCAAUUCAUAUCAUCUGGUUUUACCUCACUGGAUUUCAUUCCGUAUCGUACUCAAAAUCGCCCGGUAAUUUUGCCCUAUCUCAUCAGCAGUGGAGGUCAAUAGAUGUCAUGGAUUUAGUUGCAACUCCACAGGCUGACAUAAUUCACAAGAUCAAUACCAAGAUCCUAGAAUUGAAAAAGGGAGGGCUAAGUCGCGAAGACCAGAAAGUCCCGAAAAGUGGUCGUCUCCGGUUUGUUUGGGAAGACCAUCGAGAGUGUUCUAAGACUUCAGUAACGGUAUGGCGGAAGACUCGCGCCUGUGGUGCCUACAAAGAGCUUCAAGACGUCAGUGACCAUCUUUUCUUCGCCACGGUGUUAGUGGUCACCCUAACAGAGUGUGGCAAGACGAGCUUUCAAGCUGUACUGAAUUCUCUGGUCUGUCUUGAGAACUAUGAAGAGUACCAGUUCCGACUAGAGUCGAAAGCGCAAAAGUUCCUUGAGUCAACAGCUGCAGAAUAGGAUUUUACUGGAAACUAUUAUUAUAUCAAUUUCAUGCAGUCCCUAUUCCCACAGCGUGAAUUAAGACGUAAAUAUUUAAUUCGCGUACUCGCUAGUUUGACGAGAAAACAUUCCAUAUUUCCUCUAAGUAAUGCAAGAAGAGAUAUAUACAAGUAAUCAAUGGAAAAAAAGAAGAGGUGUAAGAAGGGAAUAUGACAAGCUGCAUGACCAUCUUUAUACCCACUAGUGAGGAUGAAGAUAGUUCUUGUAAUAUUAGAGUAAAUUGCAAACUGCUGAUGGAGACCAUCCAUAAGUUUAAAAUAAUAAAUCUCAGGCUCGAG